AUGCAUACCAAACAGAGGUUGGCCGUAUACGAUCGUUUUGGACAUUUGUUACUUGGAUCAGAAACGGAACCACGAGGAAGUAGUGGAAUAUGUAUCGUGGAUGGUAUGUGGCGCCUGCAUGAUAAGGUUUAUCCAAGAUGGGUGCAACCAAAACAAGGUCCACUGAUCACACAUGCUAUUGCUGACGGAAGUGGAAGUGAACGACCUUUACAACCGUCGAGUCUUCCACUACGUGCCCAAGAGCUCGAAGAACAGCGCAAAAAGGACGAAAAAGAAGGGAAGACCAGCGAAGAAACGUGA